UAUAAUACCAUUCAUUAUAUAUGGAGCAUCAGCCGCACUUCGUUGUAGUGACAUUCCCUGCUCAAGGCCACAUCAACCCUACCCUUCAGUUAGCCAAGCGCCUCAUAACCACCGGUGCACGAGUCACUUUCGUCACCACUGUUUCCGCUCACCGUAAAAUGUCGAAUUCGUCCUUUGUUCCCCAUGGCCUAACCUUUGCUCCUUUCUCUGAUGGCCAUGACGAUGGAUACAAACGCAGUCUCGACAAAAUCGAACACUUCAUGUCUGAAUUCCAACGCCGUGGAUCUGAAACACUCACAGACCUUGUCCUAGACCAAUCCAACAAAGCUUCCCCAAUCACCUGCAUAGUCUACAGCCUUGGCCUACCUUGGGCAGCUGAUGUUGCACGCAAGCUACAUAUCCCUUCGGUUCUUCUAUUUAUUCAACCAGCAACUUUGCUUGAUAUCUACUACUACUAUUUCAAUGGCUAUAGUGAUCUAAUUGCCAACAGAAGUGAUCCCUCUUAUUCUAUUGACCUCCCUGGGCUUCCAUCUCUCACCUGUCGAGAUCUUCCUUCCUUCUUUCUCCCAUCAAAUCCUUACGCUUUUGCCCUCCAGAUGUUCAAACAACAGUUUGAGACAUUGGAACAAGAAACCCAGCCACGAGUCCUUGUGAACACCUUUGAUGCCUUGGAACCCCAAGGAUUAAAAGCUAUUGAAAAGCUUAAUGUGGUCGCUAUUGGGCCUUUAAUUCCUUCGGCUUACUUAGAUGGCAAAGACCCAUCUGAUAAAUCCUUUGGAGCAGAUCUAUUUGAGGGGUCAAAGGAUUAUAUGGAAUGGUUGAACUCAAACCCAAAUUCUUCUGUGGUUUAUGUUGCUUUCGGAAGCAUUGCUGAGCUACCAAAACGGCAAAUGGAAGCCAUUGCUAAUGGGUUAUUGCAAAGUCGCCGACCAUUCUUGUGGGUUAUUCGAAGGUCGGAGAAUGAAGCGGAAAGCGAAGAAAACAAGAUAUUGGAUCGGUUGGAAGAAUUGAAUGAAGAAGGGUUGAUAGUUCCUUGGUGUUCACAGGUUGAGGUUAUAUCUCAUGCUUCGGUGGGUUGUUUUGUGACACAUUGUGGAUGGAAUUCUACGCUGGAGAGUCUUGUAACUGGAAUACCGGUUGUGGCGUUUCCACAAUGGACAGAUCAACCCACCAAUGCGAAGCUAAUACAAGAUGUGUGGAAAACGGGAGUGAGGGUAAGGGUUAAUAAAGAAGAUGAUGAAGGGAUAGUAGAGAGUGAGGAGCUUGUAAGGUGCUUGGAAAUGGUGAUGGAAGGAGAGAGUGCAGAGGAGAUGAGGAAGAACGCAAAGCAUUGGAAGGAUUUGGCUACAGAAGCUGCCAAAGAUGGUGGCUCUUCGGAUAAGAAUCUCAGAGCAUUUGUGAAUGAAAUGGAAAUGGAGAGAGAGUGUUAUAGUACUGUGUGUAAUGAAUGAUAAAAAAACACCAUUCAAUA